AUGGACGCCGUGGUCUCCGCGGCCAGGGUAGAGUGCGCGCACGACGGCUGCGGGCUCUUCAUCACCUACCACAAGCUCCAAGACCACCAGGACGCGUGCCCGUUCGCGCCUUGCAAGUGCCCCGUUCCCGGCUGCGGCUUUGAAGGCCCGCCGCAAACGCUCCCCCACCACCUCACCGAUGUCCACCCCAUGCCCGUGCAAACGAUCCAGUAUGGCAAGGUUCUUCAGCUGCAGGUGCCGGUGUUGGAGCCGCGGCGCCUGCUGUUCGCGGAGGAGGACGAUCACGUGUUUCUCGUGGUCGGCGGCGCUCUCGGUCCGAGCGCACCUAUCGCUGUGUCGGUUGUGUGCAUCAGGGCGGGGGCCUCCCCGCCGCCGCACUACACGGCCAAGGUGUGGGUGAAUGGGCCGCCGUCGGCGGUUAACGGCAGGGUCAACACUGUCAGAGCAGAAAUCGAGGUGACGAGCACCAAGGAGCCCGGCGUCCUCGCCGUGGAGGAGCUGAUGACCUUCUUGACGGUGCCGCCCAAGAUGCUUGCUUGGGAUGGGCCGUCCAGGUCCAGGACUGUUUCGCUCAGCAUUCGGAUUGACAAGACUUCAUCCUAA